GGAAAGAGGAGUCAAGAAAUAAACAUCGGAUGAUGUCACAAAUCCCAUUAACUGUGACAAGGGUAGUAAAGUCAAGUGAGCUACUGAGCCAUGUUGCCUGAAAGCAGCUUUGUGCUUCAAAUUUCACUAGAGAAGGCAGGAGACCACCUGAACAAAGAGAGAGGGACACCAAAUUAUUUGGUUUACUGUUCCUUAUCAGGGUUCCCUUUAUAUGAAGCCUGGGAUACCAGUUUGCCAGUUCAGUUGCUGUUUCAGAGCAUAAGUAGCAGGUAAUUCUAGCCAUCACACAAAAAAGGCAAAAUACCCAUUCAAGUUGCAAAUGAGCCAGAAAGCACAAUUAGCAUUUGAGUAGUAGUCAACAGUAACCACAAGACAGCUCCAAGCAAAGCUUUAAGGCAGCUUUAAGCAAAGCUCAGCUAAUGGCUCUUGAAGAAGGAAUUCUCCUGGGCUCUGUGUCUGAUUCAGACAACCAAUAAGCUUCCCUCUUCCUUUUCCCAAAGAUGUCUUAUGUCAGGACUGAUGGAAACAAGGCAACUGAAUCAUGAAAUUCCUUGUUUUAUAAGCGUUGCAAGCUGAGGCAAGGAGUGAGUUAAAAAAAAACCUCACAGUAACUUUCUGCAUGGUAAAUUGUCAGUGCAUGCCAGCAGAGUAGAAUGUGGGUUAGGUUUUGGUAUAAUGGACAAUUAAAUUUUGCUCAUGAGCUUUUGCUUGACAUACUGAAGCUCCAGACAGCGGAACCCUGUGAUCUCUUAAUCCCAGAUGUGUUUGGUCUCAAAAUAAUCAGCGGUGAGUAAAAGUCUCUCUGCACAUGCUCAGUGGUACUCUCAAAGUUGUUCAGCUGGAGUAUGUGGAAUAACCCUCCGCAUAUAAACAACAUGAUUAAGUCUAAUUAACACAUGAAGGGGUUAAUACUAUAGAGUAAGCUGUCCUGCCAGGCUUAGCUAUGUCCACUUCCCCUCUCCAUGGAACUAAGUAAUCAAUUUCUACGUAAUUUGUUCCACCUCUCUUUUUUACCUCAGAAGCUCAGCGUGCGAAGAGGUUUGAGCUGGUUGGGACAACCAGCUCAACAGCAUGGCUCUCACAAGUCACUCAAGUUCCUACACCAGUGGUUCCCAAUUAGCUAAUUACUGAGGACUCCCUCUUUUUCAAAAGCCAAGCCAUGGACCCCCUACUUUUGAAAAUUUUUAUCUCUAUGGUAGUUACCUCUGCAAAACAAUUUUUUGAACAAAAUGUGGGGUAGCCCCUAAUAAGCAAAGGAUUUUAGGUAUACUAAAAAACUAGGGCUGAGCGAUAUCUGUCUUUCAACAUUGUGAUGUAUCAGCAGCUAAACAUCGCGAUAUUGCAAUAUAUCACAAUGUCUGAAAUUGGAGAUAAUAAUAAUAAUAAUAAUAAUAAUAAUAGAGAUCAGGUGUGGGGAUAAGGGAAGAAGCAGCCGCAGAGUUCAGAUGGGUAGGAGGAGGAGAGGAAAAGCUGCUCUGUCUCAGUGCCAAGGGAAGGUACUAACACGGUGCCAUGAAGUGAGAGCGAUCAGCUACCCUGGUCUCCUUCAGCAUGAGGGAAGGCAGCCCAGAUCAGCAGCAUUAUCAGCUGAGAUCAGCAGUGCAUUGAAAUCGGCUGCCCUGUUCUCCCUCACAAGAGGAGUCAUAUAUUGCUGCGUAUUGCCAGGUCAAAAUCGUUAUCAUGGUGUGAUUUCAAAACCAAUUUUGGCCAAUGUAUUGAAAACUCACACAGCGCUAAAACAGACCAUAAAAUUUGUGAUAUCACCAUGCAAAAAUGACAAAAAAAAUUAUGUCCCUGUAACAGCAAUGAAAUCGAAACCAUUGGGCAUGUCAUCUUAUACUGCCCAUUAUAUCGAGACUCAAGAAAAGAGCUGAUCGAACCGAUUCUGAGGAAAAUACCUCGUAGUACAGACGACACCUAUAUCAGACACCUCUUAGCUGACAAAGAGCCCGAAAUUAUCAGGUCCGUGGCAAAGUACUGUUACAUUGCAACAAGAAUAAGACGAGCAAUGAUGUCUACAAAGGAGUACAAACUGUAAACACCGAAGGAACAAUAAUAAACAGUAGCGACUCCUGAAUUGAAUUUUAAAAACUUAAAACUCGAAACCUGGUCAUAAAUAUAAGCACCAAUUCUGUGAAUUGGCCAUAUUUUUACUGUUACUUGUAGCACAAUACUACUCUUAAUGUCAUAUUUUAUAAAUUGCUUCCUG